GACAGCUCUCCUUUUGGCCAGCACAGCAGUAGAACUGCCUCAUGGCGGCCACGGACCCGACUAUACCUGCAACAUCGAGGACCUUUUAAGCCGGGAGCGCCAAUCUGGAACUGGAUCGGGAUCGGGAACUGGACUGGACUGGACGGAUCACUGCAACACUGGAACUGGACUUGCUGGAUCUGGAUACUUGCGACUCGUCGGCCGGCUUGAGACAUCGCCAUCAUCACACACAACGUCCAUACGACCCAGGCAGUAACGCGUCCACCGCCGCGCCUCCUCCGCGCAACGCGCACAUACAUACCACUCGCCGGAUAGCAUGCGCCGCUAGCAUCGCGCGUCAACGAGCAGCAUGUCUUCCUCACCGCUACGGCCUGGCGCAGAUCUCAAAGAACAGCUGGAGUGGUACAAAAUCCAGUAUGCGCAACUCGAGACCGAUCUCUCUGACUUCCAGGCGUCGAGCAAGGAACUGGAGGAGCAGCUGGAAAAGGAUGUAGAGGCAGCCGAGAAGAACGAGCGGAAGUUCAAGGAGCAGGUCGAGAAGCUGAACUUCGAGGUGGACGAAUGGAAGAACAAACACAAGCAGGCAAAGGACGAGGCCAACAGGGCGCAAAAUGCGCUGCAGAAAGAGGUUACUUCGAUGCGAGAGGAUAAUCGUGCGUUACAGCUGAAGCUACGAGAUAUUGAGGUUACGAAUGAUGAUUACGAACGACAAGCCCGCAACACGGAAUUCGAGAAGGAUGACCUGGAAAGCAAAUACAAUGCCGCGAUUGAGCGUGGCGUGCUGUUUGAGGAGACGAUCAAGCAAGGCGAACAAGAGCGGGAGGCCUUACGUGUCGAGACCCAGCGCUUGAGGGACGAUCUGGGCGAUCUGAAGGUCGAAAAUGAGAUUACGUUGGAAAAGCUACGUUUGGCACAGCGAACUAUCGAGGAGCUCCGGUCAGCCAGGCCGUCCUCACUGGCGGUUGGUCAUCUGAGAGCCAGGAGUCCAGGCAGCGAAGCGAGCGGGAUGACGCCUAUCUCUCCUACCGCAUCGACUACUCCUCCCAAGUCGGACGCGGCCUCCGAUACACCCACGCCUCCAUCGCCACCGUUGUCGGACGAGCCAGCGAACGCCAAGGUCGAUCACAAGACACCCGUACCAGUGACGAGGAAGUCGCUGCUAUCCGAUGCAGAGCCCACACCACGCCAGGCACUCUACGGACCACGCGGAUUCACCAAACACUCCAGAGGACCUUCUUUGGCCUCUAGCAGCAGCACGGCAGUCUCGGGAACCAUGAAGCCGCCAAGCAGACCGAGGACUCGGGCCAGCAAUGCGCCCGAAAAGCUCCCACGCUCAGACUCUUUGUACCAGAUUAGGGGCCUCAUUGGCAGGAUGCAGAAGAUCGAGGAGCGGGUGCAUUCUGCACGAUCGAAGCUACCUGCACCAGGAACACCUCGAGGGUCACCACGUACCGGUCCUGGAUUGAGCGAAGGCAUUCCCUCAUCCGUGACGGUGCGGCGCAGCAUGAAACGUCCGAGUGCAAGCACCACAUCAUCAGUGCUACAAGAAGAUGAUGCCGAAGAAGCGUCGCCCAGUGGUGGAGCUCGAAGAGACAGCCACUUUAACCGCUUAUCGUACAGCAUACCCAGGCCUGCAUCUGCCAUGUCCCGCAGAUCCGAGCUGCCUGAUCGACCUCCUUCAGCUAUGGGUCGACCGCCAUCUGCAGCCGCGAACAGGCCUAGCAGCCGAGCAUCUGGGGUUCGGCCGCCCAGUAGAACUGGUGCCCGUACCGAGCUCGGACAUUAUUCACGACCAACGACUGCCAGCUCCGCUGCAGCAUCUUCAGGACGGCCUCGAACGAGCAUGGCGGGAGGCUAUGCUCUGGACACAGCGCGCGGACAUCGCUCCAGCGCAAGCGUGAACGAAAAUCGGCGGCAAGAGGCUCAAAGCGAAGACUCGAUGCUUGCUACUCCACCUCGGCGCAGAACCACGAUUGAGCGGAGUGGUCUACCCACGCCAGGCUUUUUAUCCAAAAGCGUGGGACCGGGCACCAAGCCGCCUAUAGUCAGGUCGAAAACCAUUACAUCGCAGCCGAGCGGCAAGUUCAGUCCUUCAAAAGACGACACCGAGAUGAUGCCUCCCCCUCGCAGGAAGCAAAUGAGUGACGUGGGAGAGACUUACUAAACACAAAAAGAGCGAUGUCGGCGGGAUUCGCGUUUGUACAGAGGGAAGUUUUGUUGGGUUGGUGGUGUGGAGAAGAAGUGUGUCUGUGAUGGUGUGGUAUAUAAUGCUGUUGGGGAGUUGUAUAGCAUACUAUGUAGUAUAAUUCAGGAAAAUACCAA